CCAGGCGUGCUGGCACCUAGGCUUCUAGUAAGGCAUAUGAAUAUGUUUAAUCACGCGCCAGAAACAGAAAGGGGAAGAAUUGGGGCAAGAAUUGGGGCCGGAUCCAAGGACAGAUGGUGCCAAGCAGCCAAGCUCCUUCCCCUUUGCCAAGCCUAGCCUUGCCCAUGUUAAUUAACCUACUGUACUCAUCGCAGUAGACCCUAAUCAUAUAAAUCUGCAAAGAAGGCCUGGUUCACAUAACAUCUUCUGCGUUCGUUUCAUAGCAGAAAGCGAUGGCCUCGGCACCCGAGCAGGAGCAAUCCUAUGAAAUUGAUGAUGGCAGGCCCGUCAACGAGUCUCUACAGGCCGCGCAUCCGCCGGACUCAAAUGGCGAGCCGCGACGAGCAUUUGCCGAUAUCUCUUCCAACUUCACGGAGUUUUAUGCUGCGGCGCUUGCUGCAGCUCAGGACAUGAAGUCCCCGCCACGUUCGAAUCUAGGGCUGGGUUUUCGGUAUUCACCAGCUAAGCCAACGGGCUCGGCAGCUAAGCGCCUCUGGAGCGGCAACGAGCUGCCUCCGCUUCCACGCCCCGGAGGAACAAACGCGCAGCGUGUGAUGACAGCUCUCGCAGCUGCACGAGGUCCCCAGGACGGCUCCACCAGCGUCGACGGCUCACCCACACGUCAUGCACCGCUGGCCCGCACAGCCCCCGGCGACGGCCGUCCCCCGCUGCCGAGCCUGGGCCCCCUCUCGGCCGCAGCCGUCCCCCAGCCGGUCUGGGCAGCCGGUGGCGGUGGAGGCGGCGGCGGCGCUUCUCGCGCCAGCAGCCUAUGCAGCAACGAGGUGCCGCCGCCAGCGCUCGUGGCCGGGCGUGCCAUGUCCCAACGCACGGUCUCAGCCGGGAGCGGGGCGCUGCUGUGCUGCAGCGGCGGGCUGUCCUUCAGCGCGGCCGGCGAGCAGGAGGGCGUCAGCGGCGGCACGGUGGGGACCAGCGGUAGCGGAUCCAGCAGCGGCAGCGGGGCCAGCAGCGGCAGCUUUGGCGCCGCCGCCAGCAGCAGCGGGGGUGGCCCCUCGUGUGCGGCUGGCGGCGCGCGGCCACUGCACAUGCCACUGGCGGUGCCGAUGCCUGCGGACCUGGCGGCUGCGGCGGCUCCGCCUGCCGGCUCCAGGGCCGGUGCGGACACGGACACGGACAUGGACGUGGACCAGGACGUGCAAGGCAGCGAGGUGGCGGGCAGCCGGGCCGCAGGGGGCGAGGCGGGGUCAGGCGCCGGCAGCCCGGGUGACGCGGACGAGGUGGAUGGGGCGGAUGAGAACGCGGGGGUGGCUGGCGUGCCAGCCGUGCGCAUGGGCAGCACCGUGCGGACACUGAGCUUCAAUGCAGUUGAGGUGGGCACUACCGGUGCGGCGGGGGCGCGGGUGGGGCUGGGGCUGGUGGAGCCGCCGUCGCCCUUCCCGCACCUGGAGAACCAGCCGUUUGCGGAGCACCGGCCCCGCAGCCGGCAGUAGCGCCGCCUGCGGAUUGCACAGCCCACUGGCUGCGGCUGAAUACCACCGCUGGCCUUGCUGCGCUGUAGGCUAGCAGGGUGUGCGAUGGGACAGUGUUUAGGCAGGUUGGUGGGGUCCCGUAGGUUGCAGCUGACGCCCAGACCCCAGCCGCUGUAGGCUAGCAGGGUGAGGGUUAGGUGCAGGGGACUGGAGACGUAGACAACACAUUGAUGUGUCGUGUGGGAGCACGACGGACAUGGCGAAAGCAGUUGACAUGGCGGAAGCAGCAGAUGCCCUGCUGCAACCUUGUGUCGCGGCUUCAGCAUGCAGGCGGCUGUCACUAAAUUCGUUUAGGUCGUGGCAUGGGUCCCAAACUGUGGCAGCAGUACAGGCGCUGGGCUUAUUUUUGUAUCUU